CUCUCCUCUCGAGCUGUCACGCUGACAGAGGAGAGGAGAGCCGGGGACAUGUACACAGAUCAUCAGGGCACUGAUGAUCAGUGUGCCCUGAUGAUCAGUGUAGCCCCAGCAGUGCCACCUGUCAGUGUCCAUCAGUGCUCAUCCAUGCCACCUGCCAGUGCCCAUCAGUGCCACAUAUCAGUGCCUACCAGUGCACAUCAAUUCCACAUAUCAGUGCCCAUCUGAGCUGCCUUUCAGUGUCACCCAUCAGUGCCAGUCAGGGCCACCUAUCAAUGCCAGUCAGUGCCACC